UCAAGUGAACUAAAUACUAUGGCAGAGGUGGCAGUGGUUUGGUCUAGGUUAGGAAUGGAGAAGGAUAAGAUACCACGGAUCGCCGUGACGUGGGCACAAGAGGAAAACAGAAUGAGAGGACGACCGAGAGAGGCAUGGGGAGAUAAUCAAACAGCAGGAGUUGGGGGUAAUGCCCUUUUCAUCUGUGAGCAGAUUUUAAAUGGGGAUCAAAGCGGCCGAGAGGAAGUUGUUUCUGAGUCACUGAACAUGUUACUGGUAUGUGAAGGAAAGGAAAGAUCAGCAAAAGAAUACAAACAGGUUUUGGAGAAGCAUGGCUUUGUCGACAUUCAAGUGAAACUAGUUCGCAUUGCUAUGGAUGCCAUUUUAUGCGAAAAUAAUUGACUUUCUACCCAGCAUGGGUCCAAG